CAUCAUUAGAGAAUUUAGUUUGUACAGUAUGUUGGAGUAAGCUCCCCUCAAUCAAAAUGUCGGAAGGUCUGGAAGCGCAGCUAGCAGUGUUAGCAAACGAAAAUGCUUUUCUGAAGAAAUAUUUUUCACUAAGGAAGAAAUGUGAACAACUACAACAAGCAAAUGAAAAAGUUGUGAACAGAAUUCAGCAUGUGAAGAAGCUCAUUAAAAGAUGGAAGAGAGAACGAAGAUAUCUGGCCAGUAAGUUAGACGAGUACGGUGAUUCUUAUCAGGAGUCACAAGUACCCCUCAUGUGGGAGGAGGAUCAGAUCUUUAAAAGGAUACGACCAACAAAGAAUGGAGGGGAGCUUAUUCCAGAUACCCAGCCACCAAAGGUCAAACAGGAGCGUCCAGUGGCAGACAUUUUAUCUUCAAUAAAUCCAAUCUUGGCUGCCCAUGGAAUGGCGGAAGUUGGAUCCCAUGGUAGUCCGACAGCUACAUCUUCUGGAAAACCCAAGAAGGCAAAGUCUGACAAGGAGAAGGAUCCCAGCGCUCCAAAAAAACCUGCCAAUGCCUUCCUCUUGUUCUGUCAGCAACAGAGGGCGACUGUUCAGGAGGCUUACCUCAAGGUUAAUCCCAAUGAAAAUAAAGAGGAGAUCUCAAACCAUGAACUUACUAAAAGAUUGGCUCACCUGUGGAACAGUCUAAAUCCAGAACAAAAAAGGGUGUUUUAUGAUUUGUACGAGCAGGAGAAGGAAAGAUAUGACCGAGAAGUAAAGGAAUACCAUGAGCGAGAGGGCAGUGCCACAGCUGAGAAAGCUGCAAGUGAGGCGAGUGCUGUUGCCAUGGCUACUGAGGCUCAUAGUGCUGUCAACGCAAUCAUCAUGGACACAUAGAAUCUCAUAUUUGCAAUAUUAUUGAAACUGCACCUGUUUGCAUGCCGUCUUAAAUGGUAUAUCAACAUUAGUUUUUGCUUUAUCUUGCAUAACAAAUUGUGUACAAUAUCAGUACAAGUUUGUAGAUGGUUUAUCCAUUUUGAAUAAUAAAAUUCAACUUAAAUUAUUGCAGCAAUACUGACAUGUAUUAUACCAGCAGCAGAUCUCACUAGAUUUUUUUCUUUAAAACACCCUUCAACAGUAAUGCAACCACAAAAUACUUGUUUGGUUAUAUAUGUAAGAGACACCAAAGUAUUCUAUUUUCCUAGACUUACAAUAAGUCUGGACCUACUGCCACACUUUGUAACAUAUACUUUGCAGACAAUAAGUCUGGACCUACUG